AUGAGUUAAGAGACAUUGAAUGGAAUUAAUGGAAUUUUGCAAGAUGUUCAAAGCUUUGGAUAAGAAAGUUAUAGAUUUAUUAGAAAAUGCACAAAACCUGAUAAAAGAGGUAAAUGAUUCAUCUAAAUGUUAGAAUAUAUAAAAAUUGCAACAUCAUGUGCAAUUGGAUUUGCAGUAAUGGGAGCAGUUGGAUAUUUUAUAAAAUUAGUAUUCAUUCCUAUUAAUAAUAUCAUCCUCAGCGCAAAUUGA